AUGUGGAUGAAGUUGACCUCUAGAAGUGUCUUUUUGUUAACCGCAGUAUUGCUUAUUUGCAAAUUUGGCACAUUGCGCUACCACACUGAAUCAGAAUUCAUAAAACCAGAACUUGUUGCCACUGGUAGUCAAAUAACAACAUCUCAGAACUACGAAACCAUGACGUUCAAACUCAGUUCCACAUUAUCAGGACACGAUCAAGAUGUCAGGGGAUUGGCAAGCUCAACCAUAGGCGAAGAGCCCGUAAUUGUUUCCGUACUGAGAGAUUCCACAACCAGAUUAUGGAAUCGUGUCAAUACUUCACUGGCAACUGAUUCAAGAAUACUUUUCCAUUCACCAAAUAAAUCUUUCAUCAAUUCUGUUUCCAUAGUUGGACCAACUGGAACAGGAGAAGAAUUAGUAGCUAGUGGUGGACAAGAUGCCAUGAUAUACUUGAGUGACUUUAACAACAACAAUAACGAUGAAUCCAAUUUGGAUCAAGAUGGGAAAUAUCAAUUGAUUGGUCAUGAAGGAAAUGUAUGUGCUAUAACUUUUAUUCAUGAUGAAUUGAUUUCUAGUUCUUGGGAUGGUACAGCAAUUGUAUGGAAUUUACAGGAUUUUGUACCUAAAUAUAUUCUUAAGGGACACGGAUCGUCAGUAUGGGAUUGUAAAAUUGUCAAUAAUAAGAGUCAGUACUUGACUGCAUCAGCUGAUAAAUCAAUUAGACUAUGGCAGGGAGAUCAUGAAAUUCAAAAGUUUUUAGGGCAUACUGAUGUGGUUCGAAAAUUGUUGAUUUUGCCAGGAGGUAACCAGUUUGUAUCAAGUGCCAAUGAUGGUACAAUCAAAGUGUGGGAUUUGCAAACAGGUAGGAUUUUAAAGACUCUAUUUGGACAUGAUUCAUUUGUUUAUGAUUUGGCUUUGUUGCCCAAUGGAAAUCUAGUAUCAACUGGUGAAGAUCGUACAGUACGAAUUUGGGAUUUAUCUAAAGGUGAAGCAUUACAAGUGAUAACAUUACCUUGUAUUUCUGUUUGGUGUGUCACCGUAUUGAACAAUGGUGAUUUUGCCGUUGGUGGAUCUGAUAAUCUAAUUCGUGUCUUCACUCAAGACACCGAACGUGUUGCCCCACAAGAUGAAUUGAAAUCAUUCACUGAAGCUGUUCAAUCGUCAUCCAUAUCGGAACAAUCAUUGGAUGAUUUGAAAAAGACUGACAUUCCUGGAAUCGAAGCAUUAUCAAAACCAGGUAAGAAAGAAGGGGCAACCAUUAUGGUGAAAACUGCUGAAGGAACAAUUGAAGCUCAUCAAUGGUCAGGUGGGCAAUGGCACAAGAUUGGUGAUGUUGUUGGAGGAGCUGGCUCGACCAAGAAGCAAAGUUUUGAAGGGAAAGAAUAUGAUUAUGUGUUUGAUGUUGAUAUUAAAGAUGGCGAACCACCUUUGAAAUUACCAUAUAAUUUGAACCAGAAUCCAUACACGGUGGCAGAAAAGUUUCUUGCUGAUAAUGAGUUGCCUUCUUCUUAUACUGAUGAAGUGGUGAGGUUUUUGGAGACUCAUACAGCCGGGGCUAAGUUGAGUGAAGGAGCUGCUGAUAAUGAUCAAUCACAACCAUCUUCAGCCGUGGCCAGUGAUCCUUAUUCUGAUGCUUAUACUAGACACUAUCAACUGGAGAGCCACCCUGCAACGUCAAUUAUUCCUGAGACUCAAUUUAUUUCAUAUAAAGAGUUCAAAAAGGAUUCCAUACUUAAUGGAUUGAAAAAGUUAAAUUCAUCACAACAACAAACUAAUCGAUUCACAUCAGAGGAAAUAUCAACAAUAGAAUCCUUAGUUUCAAAUUUAUCAUCCGCUGAUGCAAUUGAGUUGAUUUUGCAAUAUGCAACUAAAAUCACCUCAUCUUGGGAACCAUCAUCGAAAUUAAUUGGUUUCGAUUUAAUCAGACUUGCAAUUCCAAAAAUUACAGCUCAUGAUUUCCUAAGUCAAGAAACUAUCGCUGAAUCAGUGUCCAAACUGAUUGAAUUGGGGUGGGGCGUAGUUGACACAUCUAAUGCUACUUUAUUCAUGAUGAUUAUUAAAGUGUUGAUCAAUUUCAUUGAUGUAGCAGGAUUCACUCAAGCCUUCAUUGAUCCAUUUGAAGGUGAUCCAAGUAAGUACGUCUAUAAUGCUCCAUUCCAAAACAUUUUAACUCAAAUUGGUGACAAGGCCACGAAAUUGGAUCCAUCAUCUAAGCUUUAUGGUGCUGCAAUUACUGCAUUAGCUUCAUUUGUUUACGAUUUAUCAACAAUUCAAAUCAGAACAACGGGGUUGAAUACUCAUUCACCAACUUCAGCAGCUCCGGUGUUGGAUCUUAUUGAGAAGAUUGGUGAUGUUGUUGUGAAAUCUUCAGCUGAAGCUGGGUAUAGGUUGGCUAUCGCAUACGGAAAUUUCAAGCAUAUUAAAGCAUACACUGAAAAUACAUCACCAACGUGGUUGAAGAAAUGGAAUGAGUUGUAUGCUUCUAAAGAAAAGAGGUUUAGUGACUUAGCUCAUGAUUUGUCUCUUUUAUAG